AUGGUGAAACGCAAGCUUGGAGCCUUGGAAAAGGUCGAGGCUGAUCUGCCCAAUUUACAACACAAGAUUCGCAAGGAUCCCAAGUCUUACAUUGAGGAUUUCCGCGCUCAACACUACCAAUAUGAAUCCCACCGUGAGAUCUUCAUGGCCUCGCCCUCGUCCGCUACGGAUACCGGUGUGAUUUCUCUGCGUGACCUCAUUGACUUCAUCUCCCAUGUGGCCGACUGCUAUCCCGAUAUCCUGAAGGACUUCCCGCAACAACUCAUUGACAUGCUCAUGCAGCACCACUUGGUGUUGGAGACUGAGUUGCGCGAGAAGCUGGUUGGUAGUCUGGUGCUUCUGAAGAAGAAGGAUAUCAUUGACUCCGCUACCCUACUGCACACUCUCUUCCCCAUCCUUGUCGCCACACCUAGCAAGACUCUGCGUGCUUUGCUAUUCCAGAAGAUCCUUUCGGAGCUUCGUACUUCAAAUUCCAAGACCACCAACCACAAGUUGAACCGGACUAUGCAGACCGUUCUCUUCAACUUGGUCACGUCGGAUCGCACAUCUUCUAAAGGUCUCUGGGCCAUCAAGAUCACCCGAGAGCUAUGGAAGCGUCAAAUUUGGACUGAGGCCAAGGCCGUUGAGGUCAUGAAGGAGGCUGCUUUGUCUGAGAACGAAAAGGUCAUCAUUGGUGGUGUCCGUUUCUUCCUCGGUGGUGACAAAGAGCGUGAGGAAAUGGAGGAUGAAGACAGUGACGAAGAGGCCGUCAGUGUUGGUCAAGUCAAACACCAGCUGACUAUCAACAAGAAGACCCGCAAGAAGGCCCGUGCCGCCGAAAAGGCCAUCAAGUCAGUCAAGGCCAAGGAGAAGAAGAAGAACCAGCCCCACCCUCUUAACUUCUCGGCACUUCACUUGCUGCACGAUCCUCAAGGAUUCGCCGAGUCUAUGUUCUACAAGCAUCUCCAGAACCAAAAGUCCAAGUUGAACUUGGAACAGAAGCUCCAGGUUCUCCAAUUGGUGUCCCGUCUCGUGGGUCUACACCAGUUGCACAUUAUGCCUCUUUACUCCUACUUCCAAAAGUACCUUACUCCCCGUCAGCCAUCUGUGACUUCUUUCCUGGCUUCUUUAGCCCAGGCUUCCCACGACUUGGUUCCUCCUGAUGUCCUCGAGCCUCUCAUUCAAAAGAUUGCCAACGAGUUCGUGUCUGAAGCCUCCGCUGGUGAGGUUGCCACCGCUGGUCUCAAUGCCAUUCGUGAGAUCUGUGUGAGACAGCCCUUGGCCAUGGAUGAGACCUUGCUGCAGGAUCUUGUCAUGUACAAGAAGAGUAAGGAUAAGGGUGUCAUGAUGGCCUCCAAGGGUCUUCUCAGUCUCUACCGUGAUGUGGGAGCACAGAUGCUCAAGAAGCGUGACCGUGGUAAGGAAGCUUCCAUGGGUCUGCGCGCUGGCACGAAGCAAGAGAGACGCUUCGGUGAGCAGCAGGCUGGUGGCAUCGAGGGUCUGGAACUUUUGGCCAAAUGGAAGGAUGAGGAGCGCCGCAAGAGGAACGUGGAGAAGGGUCUUCCUUCGGACGCUGAAGAAGAUGACGAGGAGGCCGACUGGGCUGCCUGGAAUGUCGAAGAUGAUGACGACAGUGAUGACUCUGGUGAAUGGAUCAACGUGGAAGAGGAUGUUGAGAUCGAAAUGAGUGAUUCCGAGGAUGAAGGCAAGGCGCCGCCCUCAAAGAAGGCCAAGGCAGAUGCCGAGGCUGAGAAAAAAGACGGUGAAAAGGAAGCCGAGAAGGAGGAGGAAAUGGACUUCAUGAAGCUGGCCACCACCCGCAUCCUCACACCCGCUGAUCUUGCCAAGCUCGCUGAGCUCCGCACCCAGGCAUCUGUCGAUGCUCUUCUUCCAGGCAACAAGGGCAAGCGUGCUGCUCCCUGGACUUCGCGUCACACUGAUGACCCUCUUACUGCUCAAGAGAUUGAGGGUCUCGCUGCUCUGUCUGCUGCUAAGGCCACGCGUGAGGAGAAGAUUGCCCACGCCAAGGAGGGCCAGCCCGACCGCUCUGAGCGCAAGUCCAAGGAGGCUAGACGUAAGGAGCGCAAGGAGGAGCAAGGAAAGAGUACUACCAACAAGGAGAAGGCUCGUCGCAAGAACUUCCUCAUGACGCUGGGUAAAGCCCGCAGCAAGAACAAGAGAAGUUUGGUGGAGACUCGCGCAGUGCUCAAGGCUCAUCACGAUCGUGCCAAGCGUGGUGGAAAGCGUGGAAACAUUGGUCAAUGA